CUUAGUCGUGUUUAAAUUGGAAGCGCAUGCGGUUGUCGGUGCUCUCGGUUCUUGAUCCUCCAUAAUCGGUGGCUCCGCGUGCCAUAAAUACCCCACCACUACUAUUCCACUCAACUGCACUUACUGCAACCUGUGCCUUCACCAAAUAGUAGGUUUUCAAACAAACCGUAUACCCAGUGUUUAAUCUAAGCUGCCGAAGAGUAUGCAAUAGUGUUCAGUGCCUAUCAGUGAUUAGGGAGCCAGUUUAAAAAUAAUACCUAAAAAUGCACGAUCCCAGUGACUACGACUCGGUUUACAGCGAGGAAGACUUCGUCGACACCGUGCGAGGAGCUGCAACUCCUCCGCUGAUGGACUACGAAGAAUUUCGGGUGAAGACAAUGGAUGAAAGACAGCACAUACAGAAGAAAACAUUCACAAAAUGGAUCAAUUCACAUCUUAUCGAUACCCAGUGUACACCAGUGAAGGAUUUGUUCUUGGACCUGCGGGACGGACAUCGAUUGCUUGCCCUGCUGAGCACGCUGACUCAAACCAACCUGAAACCCGAAAAAGGCCGAAUGCGAGUGCACCACAUAAACAAUCUGAACAAGGUGAUUACCGAGAUCCAGCAGCAUGGUGUCAAGUUGGUGAACAUCUCCAGCGAUGACAUAGUGGGUGGCAAUGCCAAGUUGACCCUAGGCCUCAUAUGGCUGAUAGCGCUGGAGUUCAAUGGCCAGCAUCUAGUCAAGAGUCAUUCGAGCAACGGGGUGGAGAAGUCCCUAUUGGCCUGGGCACGUCAGUAUACGGAACCUCAUGGCCUGCAGCUAAAUGAUUUCUCCAGUUCGUGGUCCGACGGAAGAGCCUUCCUCAUGAUCCUGGAUGCUCACGUGGAGGAGCUGAAUCUGCAGGCGGCUUUGCAGCAACAUGCACUGAAAAGAUUGCAUUUGGCUUUCGAUUUGGCACAUAGGCACUUUAAGAUUGAAAAGCUAUUGGAUGCCGAGGAUGUGCACACCCACAAGCCAGAUAACAAGUCAAUACAGAUGUAUGUGAUGUGCCUUUACCACGCCAUGGAAUCCAUGAGGACAAGGCAGCAGGAGCAGGAGCAGGAUGAGGGACAGGAUCAGGAUCCAGGGAGAGUGCCCUGCACCAGCAUCACAGACUUGGAUGAGGUGCCACUGGACAAUGAUCAAACCAGUUUGGGGCUUUAUACUUCAGACAGUGCUGGCAGCAUGGAGCAGCGAUCUUCGGGGGAGCUAAAGACCCACUCCAUGCGUCCGUUGAGUACGGCCACCAAUGCGAGUGUGGAGAUCAGUGGCUAUCAGUCAGCUCUCGAGGCAGUACUCACCCUCCUAUUGGAAGAUGAACAGCUGCUCUCGCAGAAUUUGCCGGAUCCCCAGGAUUUUCAAACUGCCAAGCUGCAGUUUCACGAAAACGAAAGCUUCAUGCUGAAGCUGACCGAACAUCAGGAGUAUGUGGGAGAAGCUCUGGAGGAGGGUAGCAACCUCAUCAACGAAUCCCAGAAGGCAGGAGCUGGUUUGAGUCAGGAGGAUCAAAACGAAGUGAGGCAACAAAUGGUGUUGCUCAACGAACGUUGGGAAACCUUGAGAUUGCGAGCUUUAGAUGUUCAAGCCAAAAUUCUAAUGAGAUUGGCCGAGUUUCAGAAGCAAAAACUCGAACAGCUUCGUCAGUUUUUGACCAGUGUCGAAGAUCGUAUAUCCCAUAUGAGUGAUAUAGGACCAACCCUAGAAGAAGCGGAAAAACAACUUUUGGAAGCUCAAAAACUCAAAGCAGAUCUAAGUGAACAGCAGGAAUUGGUGGAUAGUCUGAGCAGCAUGGUCGUCAUUGUAAACGAUACCUCUGGCAACUUUAAUGAUCUAGAAGAUCGCUUGAGUGCCUUGGGGGAGAGAUGGUCGCAUGUGGUGAAGUGGAGUGAUUUGCGAAAAGAGAAACUGCAGCAAUAUAAAUGUAUAUCCAGAUGGCUGGAUGCACGCGAGCAGGAUCUGAAGCUCAUGGAGAGUCGGGAUGUCACAGAUGUGGGCGGCAUUACACAGCGCAUCAAUGAGCUAAACUAUUGUGCCAAGGAUCUGUUGGAACUGCAGAGAUAUCUGAUAGAUUUGCGACAAAUGGUGGCUGCCACUUUACAGGAUGGUGAUGACAAGGGCGAAAGGGUGCUCAUCCAAUUAGAGAGUUACGAAGAUCGUUUAGAUGCCUUGAAGCAGAUUGUUGAAGUGCAAACUGUGCGAAUCGAAACGAAGGGCUUUAACUUUGGACGAGAUCGUGCUAGCUAUGAUGACAGCAGGGUAGUGCGUCCAGAAGGAUGGGUGGACUACCAGAUGAUCAUACGUUUCGGUGAAGAUGAUUCUCAAGAAGACGAUGACGAGCAUGACUUGGCCAGCAAGAAGCGAAAGCUUAGAAACGCUGACAAUUUCAAUGCCCUCGAGAAUCACAUCAUGGAGCACUUCGGCUAUGUCCAGGAAGUGGAGCAAAAGCUACAGCAGUUGCAGAGGCAAAGUCUUCGGCAACAGUGUGAAUUACUCAAGGAACUUCAGGCGGAAAAUAGUCGACGCUGCGGUACUUUACCCGAACUUAAGAAACUCUACGAAGUCUGUGAGCUGGAGGAUCCGUCGAGGAACCUUCUCCUGGAGGAAACACACAUCAAGCAGCUGGAGCAACGAUAUGCGAACUUGUCUCAAAAACUAUCGAGCCAACAGAGCGAAAGCCAUACGCUGUUGGCCAAAGAAAAGUAUUACAAUAGUCUGACAGGAUUUAAAUUAGUUUUAGCUGAUUCCAGAGAUUGGUAUAAACAACACGCUGGCUCAGCCAGUGGCAACGAGCUAGAACAGCGUUUGAGCCACAUGGAAUCCCUGGCAUCGGAGAUUUCCGAGGCCAAGACAGCCACCGAAGAGCUGGAUGAUAAUCUAAUAGAAUGGAAGCAGGACUUUGGUCUGUUCUACGACAGUUGGCAUGACAUGAAGCAGGCUCUGCAGGCUCUAAUUCAACAGAGAGGCGGCGAAAGUCUUUCCAGACAGUUGAAACAAAUCCAAGAUUUUGUUACCAAAGUGUCCAAUCAAAAGGUUCGCGUUUCCAAUCUGGAAGUCAUGCAGGAGCAGCAGCAUUUUCUAAACCAAUUGUUAGACGAAAUGGAGUCCCUUCGGCUAACUUAUGAUAAUAUACCAAAACACCUGAUUGGCGAAGAACUACAAACCGCUUGGAACCGACUUCCCGAACAGCUAAAUGAGCGCGUGAUUAAACAAACCACAGCUAUAGAAAACCUAAACCACUUUGCUGCGGAGUAUAAUGCCAUUAUAGCCAUGCUGCGAAGUGCAGCCGAUUCCAAGUUGAACGGAAGUGAUGGUGCUAGCAGUCAAGAUCUUCGAAAACUGGAGAUCGAUGUGAUAAGCGCUCGAAAUUUCAGCGAAAUUCUGAUCAAGGAGGCGGAGCCAGCCCAAAAGGAAUCGCUACAAUCACAGAUAAGGGCUCUCAAUACGUUGUACGAUCAAGUGGAACAGGUUCAUCGGGAGAAGAAGGAACAGCAGACGGUUCUGCAAUCCCAUAUUGAUCUUAUCCAGCUAAGGCUCAAGGAAACCGAUCAGUGGUUAACUGAUCUGGAGAGUAAUACACCCAAAUCGGGAAUCAGCGAUAUAGUAAACUCCAACGAGUUGUUCCAGAGCAAGAGUCGCUUUCAGACUCUUAAAGAAACCUGCGAAAGGGAAACCACACAGUUUAGGGAUCUCAACGAACGUGGUGGUGAGCUGCUGCUCCAAAUGGAUGAGCUUCAGGACCAGGAUAGGGAGUCCCGAUACGGAUCGCUAGCAAAGCAAUUCACACGCAUCAAUGCCAGAUGGACGGAGGUCACCGAGCUGGUUUAUGCGAAGACAGCUCUUCUCGAGCAUAUAUCAACGCAGCUGGGGGAGUUCAAGAAGUUCAUGGUUAGCGAGACGGGUUACCUGGACAAGUUGGAAAACAAGAUACGCAACACACCAGAGAAUGCAGCCGACGCAGAGGAGAUCAUGGAGGAGCUUGAUGAUCUGGAGAACGUUCUGCGCUCGCACUCUGAGGAAUGGCUGGACAAGAUUCAGGAAAUUGGCAACGAGCUAAUUGACAACGAAUUCAUGGCCGACUCCAUACGACGCGACAUUGAUGAAACCGUUCAACGGUGGACGCAACUCCAGCAGCAGGCAAAGAAGCGAACCGAGCUCCUGGAGCAAAAGGUCAGCGAGGCGGAACAGUCCGAGAAGUGCAUCGUGCAGUUCGAGAAGUGGCUGACACGUGUGGACGACAUACUCAGCGAUCAUCUGGAUAACGAUGUGACCAUUGUAGAUCAGCCGGAGGAAUUCCAGCGCUUGGCACACGAGUUUGUGGCCAAUGAGAAAAACUUUAAGGAGAUCAGCGAACUUAUUGACGAGCACACGAGGAACGGCAAAGUGGGAGCUGCCAAUCGGCUACAGGAGCAGCUUAACCUGAUGGAGGUGCGGUUCAAGUACUGUCAGGCAAAGCUGAGCAAGUGCACCGCAAUCCAACAUUCCUACGAAUCGCGUUUGAAUAGGGCCUAUACGGAUCUUCGAAAUGUGGAGCGAUCCACUGAGGUAGUAGAUGUCGCAUCCGCCGGACCCAACACGGUUCAGACUCAAUACCAAAAGUGUCUGCAAAUUUAUCGCACUCUAUCGGAGAUAAAGUCGGAAAUAGAGAGCACGAUUAAAACCGGUCGCAGGGUUUGCGAGGACAGGUACACAAAAUCGCCGAAGCAACUUAGUCAGCGGAUUGAUGCGUUGAAGCAUCUGUACAAUACCCUCGGAGAGAAUGUGACCCAGUCAAAGGCGACCCUGGAAAGGCUGCUCACAUUAGCGAGGCAAUUAGAGGAGUGUUUCGAUUCGGCAGACAACCUAAUCCGGCGCUUUGAGUCGCCGCAAGAGGUCCAUGACAGGAACUCCAUACUCCUGGAGUUUGAGGAUGUGCUGCGAAGGUGCGAGGACCACUACAAUGAGUAUAACAAAUCCUGUGACCAGAGCUGCAUGGUGGAAACCCGUCAAAGGAUCGAUGGAUUGAAGGCUACGUACCACAAGUUGACCAGUGCGGACAUAAUCAAGCGGCUCACCGAGAUGAAGACCACCCUGCAGAACCUGGACAACAUUUCAUUGGAGACUUUAAGGGCAAUGGAGCACGACCUGAAGGAGAUAAAUGUGCCCUCGAAUCCGGAAAUUGAGAAAUUGCAGCAGCAAGUAAUUGCAAUUGUCGUGGAUGUGCUGAAAACCCGUUUCAAUGAAGCCACAACGCUUGCCGCUCGAAAUACGAGCUCUCCCGACAAUGACGACACGGAAAUAGUUGUGGUCAGCGAUACAGUGCGUCAACGACGUGCCAGGACACCCCAAUCGGGGGAAUCGCCGUCAUCCGCCCACACCAGUUCCUCGGAGUCGCCAACGAAGGGUGUGGAGAAUAGUCCGGGAGCGGUUGGCGACCAAGUCAUGCCGGAUCUCCUUCCACCACAAACAUUCCGGCUGGCCGAGUCCAGUACUCUGUUCUCGCAGAUUUCCCUUAAUCCCCAAAAAGUAACCAACACUCCACCACCCAAACCGGCGAAAACUAAGCGAAAGGCCCCAAGUUCUCCCGCCCAAGUUGUGGAGAUCAGGGUGAAGAACAUCCAAAACGAUAAAAUGUCUGUGCAGAAUAUCGAUCUGGAACCACAGCAGGGUGAAAUCGUAGACACCGUCAAUAUCCUGGAGAGUGUGGAACCAUUUGUACCCGAAUAUGUGGAGACCGUACAGAUUGUAGAUCUCUCCGAGGACUCAGAUUCAUCGGUCAGAGUUGAUAGUCAGGGCAAGGAGAUGCGACGAUCGAAGAGCAAGCAUUCUUUGAACGAGACUCCACUGCCCAAGGUUUCGGAUAACGAUGAAGACUCGGCGGAACAGGAGGAGGACCUCCUGCGUCCCUCGGCAGAAAAUACAAGCACUCCGUUCCUGAGGGUGGAAAAACGCCGCAUUUCCUUCGAUGAGAAACGCAAGCGAGUAGCUAAUGAGCGCGAUAUCCUGCGCGAUUCCGAAGAGGAGGAACCCAAAACACCGGAUACUCCACGGGCAGCGCAAGUCUCCAAGCCAAAACGCUGGCGCCAACUCCAGCCAGAAAUGGAUGCUCUGGAACCCGAAUCACCCGGUCGCGAUAGUUUCUAUAGUCCCGACAAAGAAUCCGGUUUCGAUGCUGAGCCUCUCGUAUUUUCCGACGAUGAGGAUAUACCGCGUUUCUCGCUGGAAAUGACAUCAACCAUUGACUCCGAUAGUGAUACGAGUCGCAUUAUGACGCCUUCUACCAAAAAUCCCAAUCCUUUCCUGAGCAAGGUCCUGGAAUCAUUGUCUUCUCCGGUGGAUGACUCAAAUGUAACGCUCAAAAGCCCGAUCAGCGAAGAGCAGCCCCAGAAUCUGGAUGAUCGUGUCCGAGAGUUCGACAAGCAGGCCAAGCAGAUGAUCUACAAGUUGAAGCUUACGAAGGCCAAGAUUGAACAGUGUCACGAAAGCGAAGCAGAGGACCUGCGGCUCCUAAUAGCACCUGAUGCAGCCACCUUGAUAUCCCAAGGCGACUCAUUGGUUCUGGAAACUCAUGGAAGACAGGGCAGCAUAUCCCGCCUGGUGAUGCGCACACAAAUAAUAUUGAGGGAACAAUUCCGAGAAGUGCAGCAAGCAAGAUCCAAGACCUCGGGAAGCGGGGCACCAGCUCCUCCACUGGACAGCGUAAACAUCGAGGAGCUGGUCACCAAAGGACUGCGUCGCAUCAACGUUCUCAUAGAAAAGACCGUCGAUCUAAAGUCUAGCACUGAUCUUGAGAAGCGCAUGGAGGAUAUCAACGAGCGGCACGACGAUUUGCAGGUGAUUGUCAGCGCCAUUGGCAAGAACGCCCAGAUGCCGAAGGUCACGCCCCUCAUGAUGAACGAAAUUGAAAAGACGAAAAACAAUUUGAUAGCUCAUGCGGAUUCCAUUGAGCUCUCGUUGACGGAACUUAGAAAUGGCCCCCGAAUUUCCAAUGGUAAGGAGCGCCCAGAUGCAUCCAGUGCGGCCACCAUGAGCUGUCGUUCCGAGUACAAUAACGAGCCGAGUGGUACUGGAGCGUUGGCCGGCAGCUUCGAUAAGUCGGUGCUGCAAAUUUCCGACUGGCUGACUUGGGAACAAAACAUGAUCAAGAUACAGAGCGUGCUCGUCGACGAUGGCGAUGCAGUGCGACUGGCCAUCGAGAAGCAGGAGAAAGUCCUGCGUGAAUUGAAAAUGAAAAAGCCGCAGCUCAACGAACUGGUUCACACAGCGGAAGUGCUCAAAGGCGACGUAAAACGGCAACAACUGCAGGAAAAAGAGCUGAAACAGUUUUCCCUAGCACCGCACUGUUCAGCGGACUUAGAUUAUAUGCGUUGCUGUCUGAAAGUGACCCGAUUGCGAGAGCACUGGGAUGAGACGUCCCAAUGUGUCCUGCAGCGAGCUGCCCAACUGAAAAACAUGCUGAGCGACUCACAGCGGUUCGAGGCCAAGCGCCUGGAGCUCGAGAAGUGGCUGGCCCGCAUGGAGCAGCGGGCUGAGCGGAUGGGAACCAUCGCCACCACAGCCGACAUCCUGGAGGCACAGCAAAAGGAGCAGAAGUCCUUCCAUGCGGAGUUGCACCAGAACAAGCAACACUUCGAUAUCUUCAACGAGCUGACACAGAAACUGAUUGCCGUCUAUCCCAAUGAUGAUACCACCAGGAUCAAGAAGAUGACGGAGGUCAUCAAUCAACGAUAUGCUAACCUAAACAGCGGAGUCAUCAAUCGUGGCAAGCAACUCCAUGCAGCGGUGCACAGCCUUCAAUCUUUUGAUCGAGCCAUGGAUCAGUUCCUUGCUUUUCUUUCGGAAACGGAAACACUUUGUGAAAACGCCGAGUCUGAUAUUGAACGCAAUCCAUUAAUGUUCAAGGACCUACAAUCGGAAAUUGAAACCCAUCGCGUGGUUUACGAUCGUCUCGAUGGAACAGGCCGCAAACUUUUGGGUUCGCUCACCUCACAAGAGGAUGCGGUUAUGCUGCAGCGUCGCCUCGAUGAAAUGAAUCAACGUUGGAAUAAUUUAAAAUCGAAAAGUAUUGCAAUCAGGAAUCGCCUGGAGUCCAAUUCGGAGCACUGGAACGCCCUGCUCUUGUCGCUCCGCGAACUGACCGAGUGGGUUAUCCGCAAGGACACCGAACUGAGCACUUUGGGCUUGGGUCCCGUUCGAGGCGAUGCCGUCAGUCUACAGAAACAGUUGGACGAUCAUAAAGCCUUUCGCCGCCAAUUGGAGGAUAAGCGGCCAAUUGUCGAGAGCAAUUUAACGAGCGGUCGUCAGUACAUCGCCAACGAAGCAGCCGUCUCGGAUACCAGCGAUACGGAGGCCAACCAUGAUUCCGACUCGCGUUACAUGUCCGCCGAGGAGCAGAGCCGUGAGCUAACACGCAGCAUCCGGCGGGAGGUUGGAAAACUUUCCGAGCAGUGGAACAAUCUAAUCGAUAGAUCUGACAAUUGGAAGCAUCGCCUGGAUGAGUACAUGACGAAAAUGCGUCAGUUCCAGAAGAUCCUGGAGGAUCUUAGCUCCCGCGUUGCCCUUGCCGAGCAGACAAAAACCUCCUGGCUGCCACCCUCAUCCGUGGGCGAGGCCAAUGAGCAGAUGCAACAGUUGCAGCGCCUGAGGGACAAGAUGACGACGGCCAGUGCAUUGCUGGAUGAUUGCAACGAGCAGCAGUCCUUCUUCACCGCCAAUCAGGUCCUGGUACCCACACCCUGCCUCUCCAAGCUGGAGGACUUAAACACGCGCAUGAAACUCCUGCAAAUCGCGAUGGACGAGCGCCAGAAGGUCCUUUGUCAGGCUGGAGCCCAGCAGACGCACGAGAACGGCGACGACGGACGCACCACAUCGAACAGCGGCACCAUUGGACCACUGCCCAAUCUCGGCCAGAGCGUGAAGCCGCCAUGGGAGCGGGCCACCACAGCCGCCAAUGUGCCUUACUAUAUCGACCACGAACGCGAGACCACGCACUGGGACCAUCCGGAGAUGAUUGAGCUGAUGAAGGGCCUGGCAGAUCUCAACGAGAUACGCUUUUCCGCCUACAGAACGGCCAUGAAACUGCGAUCAGUUCAGAAGCGAUUGGCUCUCGACAGGAUUAGCAUGUCCACCGCCUGCGAGUCCUUCGAUCGACAUGGCCUGCGUGCCCAAAACGACAAGCUGAUCGACAUACCCGACAUGACCACGGUGCUGCAUUCGCUCUACGUGACAAUCGAUAAAAUUGAUUUGACGCUAAUGCUGGACCUGGCCAUUAACUGGAUCCUGAAUGUCUACGACUCACAGAGGACCGGCCAAAUCCGUGUCCUCAGCUUCAAGGUCGGACUGGUCCUCCUCUGCAAGGGUCACCUGGAGGAGAAGUAUCGCUAUCUGUUCCGCCUGGUUGCAGACACUGACCGACGAGCGGAUCAGAGGCGACUGGGACUCCUGCUGCACGAUUGCAUUCAGGUACCCCGCCAACUAGGUGAAGUAGCCGCUUUUGGUGGCUCCAACAUAGAGCCCUCGGUGAGAUCCUGUCUGGAGCAGGCUGGCAUCUCGCAGGAGGCCAUCGAUGGCAACCAGGACAUCUCCAUCGAGCUGCAGCACUUCCUCGGCUGGCUGCAGCAUGAACCGCAGAGCCUCGUGUGGCUUCCGGUGCUCCAUCGCCUGGCGGCGGCGGAGGCGGCCAAGCACCAGGCCAAAUGCAACAUCUGCAAGGAGUACCCGAUCGUCGGCUUCCGCUACAGAUGCCUCAAGUGCUUCAACUUCGACAUGUGCCAAAAGUGUUUCUUCUUCGGCCGCAACGCCAAGAACCACAAGCUAACUCAUCCCAUGCACGAGUACUGCACCACUACCACAUCCACCGAGGACGUUCGUGACUUUACACGCGCCCUGAAGAACAAAUUCAAGAGUCGCAAAUACUUUAAAAAGCAUCCAAGAGUGGGAUACCUGCCCGUUCAGAGUGUUUUGGAAGGUGAUGCUCUGGAGAGUCCGGCGCCAAGUCCGCAGCACACAACCCACCAGCUGCAGAACGACAUGCACUCCCGCCUGGAGAUGUACGCCUCGCGACUGGCUCAGGUGGAGUACGGCGGAACGGGCUCGAAUUCCACGCCGGACAGUGAUGAUGAGCACCAACUGAUCGCUCAGUAUUGCCAGGCUCUGCCCGGAACUUCAAAUGGAAGUGCACCCAAGUCGCCUGUCCAAGUAAUGGCCGCCAUGGAUGCCGAGCAGCGGGAAGAACUAGAGGCGAUCAUCCGCGAUCUUGAGGAGGAAAACGCCAACCUGCAGGCAGAGUACCAGCAAUUGUGCAGCAAGGAGCAGAGCGGCAUGCCCGAGGACUCCAAUGGCAUGCAACACUCCAGUUCCAGCAUGACGGGUCUUUCUGGCCAGGGCGAGCAAGGCCAGGACAUGAUGGCGGAAGCGAAGCUGCUGCGCCAGCACAAGGGACGCCUUGAGGCGCGCAUGCAAAUCCUGGAGGAUCACAAUCGGCAACUGGAAGCUCAGUUGCAGCGACUACGCCAACUUCUCGAUGAACCCAAUGGCGGCGGCAGUAGCGCCACCAGCAGCGGUCUACCCAGCGCUCCCGGUUCCGCAUUGAACUCCAAACCCAAUACCCUCCAGACCCGGUCGGUGACCGCCUCGCAAUUGAACACGGACUCACCGGCAAAGAUGAACCAACAGAACGGCCACUACGAGCACAACUCAAAGAACUCAAGUGGCCUAGUGACCGUAAUCACAGAGCAGGAAUUGGAGAGCAUCAACGAUGAUCUGGAGGACUCGUCGAGCAGCAACACUACGAACACCACGACGACGACGACGACCACGGCAACCACGGAGAAAACUUGCGUGGAGCUGCAAAAAUAACACCUUCGAUACUUAAUUGCAUGGCAUUCAACUAUGAAACAAAACAAUGAAACAGUAUAUGAAUCCAAAAGAAUUAAAUGCAUGUGAGGAAAUCCAAUUGGCUGGCCUGCAAAACAUUCUAAAUAAUCAUACCUAAACACCUAAAGAUAGAUCCAUAUAACUAUUGUGGUACAUAUAUUUAUACACUAUUGCGAAGAAUCAGAUGGAAAAGAAUUUCAAGAAGAGCUUCGAGUAAGCUGAGAACACUUUUUAGUAGUUAUGAAAGAUACAAAUCUAUAUAUAUUAUAUACAAAUAUCGAAGCAUAAGUGAGACAUAUUGAAAGCUGGAAAUAAUGCAGAAAUGAUUUAAAGAUUAGAUAAGCUGUAACUCCAACACAUACUUACAUCCAAUGAUAUAAUAAAAAAGAAACAACUAUAUCAUAAAUGAAACAUAUUCAUAAUUUCCUAGUACAUGAAAAAUUGUUAUAACUCGCACCUUUUUCAAACAACUGAUAGGAAGCAAAUCAAUUUCAAAGAUACAAGAAGAACCAGCUAACAGUUUUUGGUUAGCUUUCAUAUCAUUUUAAAGCUUAUACAAUAAGUGUUUUAAAUGUAAAUUUCGAAACAUGCAAUCAGUUUUAAUUUGUAUCCUUAUUUAUUCCGAUUUCUUGUGUAUUAUUUCUUAAUAUUAUUUAAUAUUAAUAUCUGUGCUAACUGAAAGUGUGCUGCAAUGUUUUUAAUUAAAGAACUAUUAUUAAAUAUCACUGUCUUUAUACUUUUAUUUUGUUUUCGGUUGGUAGACAACAAGACCUUCAUAAACCUAAUCAUAUGCUGACGAAUACGAUCACUAAAUGGACCACCUUUUCUAUCUACUUAAUCAAAUCGAAUCGAAUCUUAUCCACUACCAAAACCCUCAAAUAUAUUAGGUAAUCCACAACAUUCCAAUGAAACUAGUCAAAUUACACUUGGAUAACUCAGAUAUACUUACGAAUCAAAUGAUAUUGAAAACUGCUUUAAAAUACCUAAAUACCACAAAGAACUAAUCGAAUCGAUACAUAUAGAUGUCUAUAACUUGAUAACCAAAAUCGUACAAUACUCACAUCAACAUAAGCAAAAUAUAUAUCCGAAAGAGAGUAAAGUUUUAACCUAGAUAUGCCAUAGAUGGAUAAAUAUUUAUGGAUAUAUCAGAUAUUAGCUAUAUAUUGACAUGAAACUCUUUAGUUUAUUUCCUCUGAAAUUCCACCUUUAGUUAACGAAAUUAUACAAAAAUUAGGAACGAAAAUAAGGACAAUAUGGAAACAUUUUUAGAAACUGUUAUCAUUUAUGUUUCUCAUCUAUCAGCUUAAAUUAUCUAAGCUAGGUUCACUUUUCACUAGAAUUUUCGGGCACUUAGUAAAAAAUGCAACACGACUAUACUAUAUAUAGAAAGAAUUAUUUAUAAAGAGAUAUAGCUAUCAACAAAAUGCAGUUAGCAAAUUAUUCAACCACUUCUGUGUAGUAAAAUGUCCCAACUAUGAGUAUUUUUCUAACCCAAACCGUACCAACCCAAACCGAAACCGAAACGUAGUGUGGAAAAGAUGUCCUACCAAUAACCAAUCAAGUUUAAUAAAUGAAAACCCUCCGUUUCAAGUUAUAAACAAAUGAACCAAAAUCGAAACAAAAAUGCUUAAGUCAACUAUUUAAUCAUUAGUGAAACAUAUCCCAUUCAACGGCAAAUAUAUAAACUUUAUAUGGGUAAAGCCAUCUCUAGGAGUACGUAGUCGAGGACGAAUUUAAAAGCAUCAAGUCUAGUAACUGAGAUCUGAGUUGAGAAUAGCCAAAGCUGCCAUUUGUUUGUCCACAAUUUUAUAUACUGACAACUGAUAUCAAGCAACGCAAUUCAAGCAUAUCCCGAAAUAGUCUUCAUCAUCCAGUGGUUGUCUACAAUAGAUUUUUACCUAACGCGAGAACCGACGAGGAAAUCGGACGGAGAAGUCCGAGACGAAGCCAAACAAUCAACGAAGAAAUUAUGAAUUAAAUAUUAUACAAUUGUCAAGGAAUACUGUGAGCUAUAUUAGCCGCUUAUUUAUAUUAGCGGUAUGUACACCGUAUAUUAGUCUCUUAUUCUAAGCAGAUUACUUAGCUAAAUUGUGUCCAACUGUAAAGGCCUCUAGAGCACAGCACUUUUGUAUGGUAUAUCAGCCUAAAGACCCUUAGUUUAAAUAAUCGUACACAUCAAAUCAAUCAGACGGAUAAUGAUAGACACAAAGCCCCGAGCUUGGCAACUAAUCGUUUUUGUUGGAAUAGAAGCUUCGAAAUUAAUUUAGUGGUAGCAGGCAUGACUCAAUUGUACCUAUCUUUUGAUACCGUUUAUUACAAAACUAAGGACUAUAAUCGUAUUUAAAUUGUAUACCUAAUCGAGUGCAGCGAGACCAAAACGCACUCUGCACACUGAUGAACUUUUGAAGUCGGCUGAGGAGUACAUAAAUUUAUAUCGAUAUCGAAAACAUUUCAGUAUGUUCUACGAAUGGUAGCUCAUAGAACCUAUUAAACAUAAAACAUAAUACAUAAAUAAUAACACAUUAUGCAUUGUAAUAAACUUAUUUAUAACAUACGGUGACAUACUCGAAACGUUUAUAUACAACACACAUAUACAUAUUUAUACAUAAUCAG